UAGGUUUUUAUUGUCAUCGCUCGGUCAGUCCGACAGAACGCGUCGCGAAGUCGGAGUGUGUGCAGAGUACAAUUGAUUUCCGCGUGAAUUAUUAUUUUUUUUCUUUCCCCCUCCCCCUGCAAGUAUACAAAACGAGAGCGUGGGUUAAUGUAAGCACGCGACACGAGCUUUUCAUCGACUCGAGCGAGGAAGGAUCGUUGCUGUGGGUGUUUGGAACAAAUGUGGCUUUUAUUCAAUGGCACGGGAAGGCUCGAGCAGGGCUACUUUGGCUGUUUGAGUUGACGACCACCGCGCGAGUUAUCAUUUUACUUGGACGAAAAUCCAAGGGGAGCCGAGCAUGGAGUGGUACGUCAUAUCGGGCAUACUGUGCGUCUUUGGCUUCCUCAAGGAGUUUCGGCCCAACGAGCCCUUCGUUACCAACUACUUGGUUGGUCCUUGGAAGAAUUUUACUGACUCUCAAGUCAACCAGGAGAUAUUUCCUCUCGGCACCUACUCGUACUUCUCGACUUUGAUCCUUGUUUUUUUACUAACCGAUCUCGUGAGGUACAAGCCAGCGAUAAUACUCUGCGGCCUGUCUGGUACGGCCACCUUUGCGAUUCUCCGCUACGGUACGACGAUCGGUCACAUGCAAGCGGUCCAGUUUCUCUACGGUCUCAUGUUGUCCACCGAAGUGGCCUAUUACACCUACAUCUACGCCAAAGUUGACAAACAGCGCUACCAAAAAGUCACGAGUCACACAAGAGGGGCUUUUUUGCUCGGACGAUUUACGGCAGGCGUCGUGGCUCAGCUUACCACUUCGUUCGACCUACUCGACUACGAACAGCUCAAUUAUCUCUCCAUGGGCUCUCUCGGUGUGGCGACUGUAUGGGCCUGUUUCCUACCCCCGGUGGGCCAGUCGAUAUACUUCAACAGGGCGAGUCCCAUGGCCACGGACUUUUCACCCUCUUUGGAUAGCCAAGGGAGCGCCAUGACCCUGUCCACGUCGCCCCGGAAGCUCUCCAGCGUCGACGAGUCGUCUUUCGUCGCGAAAUUCCGGCACGCGUACCACUUGCUCUGGGAGGACUUCAUCCGAGCCUACACCAACAGGCACGUCAUCAAGUGGUCCCUGUGGUGGGCCUUCGCGACCUGCGGCUACCUCCAGGUCAUCAGUUACGUACAACUGCUGUGGAAAAACGCCAUCGAAUACCAAAGGGAUCCUGGCGGCCCGGACAUCUACAAUGGUGCCGUCGAGGCAAUUUACACGAUAAUCAGUGCCGUGGUGGUGUUCGGCGUUGGAAAUUUGCACUUCAAUUACCCGCUAGUCGGCGAAGCCAUACUGUCCGUGUUUUCGAUCUUCGAGGGCUUUUUGCUCCUUGUGUCCUACAUCAGCUACAACAUGUGGAUUUUGUACGUCUCUUACAUAGCCUUUGGCAUCAUAUACCAUUCCAUAAUCACCAUUGCGAGUUUCGAGGUGGCUAAGCAUCUGUCGGAAGACAGUUAUGGCCUGAUAUUUGGGAUAAACACGUUCAUGGCCCUGCUGUUCCAGUCAAUAAUGACAUACAUCGUCAUAGACGAGCAGUGCUUAAACUUAGACAUAAGAUCUCAGUUCAUGGUGUACGGCAGUUACUACAUUGUGUUGGGCGUUAUUUUCAUGAUAAUGAACGUUUUUACGGUAAUGUAUUACUUGAAGAAUCAAAAGCCACUGAAGAUCUGGGCGAAGAGCACCGACUACAUGGCCGAGUCAGACUGACGCACAAUGCAACGCACCCUCAGUACUUUCAUUUGAAUAGUCAAUGUUGUUAAAGUUGUUGUUGUGCACGUCAACCAACUGUACAAUAUGUAAUUGUUAGAGCGACAAAAGCAAUACACGCAUACGCGUUGUUACUAGAUGUGGGGGGGGGAAGGGGGAGGCGAUGGUUUCAUACUCGCCAAUUUGUUAUAUUGUUCAAUGUGAUAUUGUAGAAUAUGCGAUUACGAUGGCUGUCCACAAACUUAGGAUUAGUCUAGGUUUGUAUUUUACCCCCCCCCCCCCGUGUACUUGGUUUGCAUAGAGUUUCAGAAGCAAAAAAAAUAAUAGUAUAUUGGGCACGAAAAGUGCACAGUGAUAACAAAUGGUGGUUAUAAUUUUUAAGUUUGACAAAGAGAGAUAUAGACAGAUAUUUUUUGCGAAUCAAAUGAAAAUUAACUAAAUAAAUGAAAAUAUA